CACCGCGGUAGCAGAGACACAAAAAGACAACGCAAGAACUCGUCGGCACACAGUCAGCGAGCUCUUUUGUCUAAGUCGGUGAAAUUGACGUCUUCCCCUACACCCAAGCGCUUCUCACGCCGUCGCAAAGGUUGAGACGGAUCGUUCAAAGAACCACAGCACGACGCAAGCAAUCAAGAGAAGUUCCUUGUCUCUCGUCGCCAAGGCUAGAGCGACGUCUACGCUCCUUGGCGGUAUAAAUACCGCCCAGGGAACGAAGCGAUAGCGAACGCUCAAACGGGCCAGAGGGUGUGCCGCGCUAUCAAGAGGGUCCUUUGUCUUUCGCGGGAGCUGGCAAGCGAUGCCGUGAUGACAAACGCGCGUCGCACCAGGAACCAGGGACGAACGAUUGAGAAUUCUGUGGAGGGCUUUCCGAAUCUCCUCUCUCUAGGAGCACAGAGAUUGUGGAUUCAUUGCGGUUGAGGCUCUACGUUGCUACAUUCAGCAAUCAGCUUGUCGUCUUGGCCCGGAGAACCAUUGACUUUUUCUUUCUGGAGCGUCUUCCCACUGUUCCAUCUGGAACGAGCGACCGCAGCGCAGGAUCUGUGAAGUGUCUCUGUUCACAAGUAUAUAUACAUAUAUAUAUUUUGCAGUGUAGGCACGUCUCCCUCUACACACCUCGAAAAGUUGGAACUCGACCUUCGCCGUUCGUUGAACAUUCGUACAGGCUGGAAGAGCCGGUGACGAUAUUAAAGCAGAUUUGACUUUGAGUGGUCGCAUACGAGGAUCUACUGUGAGCUCUUCAGCGUGCCAUACCGUCAGAAGUCGUUUCGGUUCGCUGUUUCCUGAGCGAGGAGACAGACAACUGCCCGCAGUCUUUAAUCUGUGUAAUAUAUAUUGUGGGAUACAUCGUGUCCAUCAAUUAACGAUGCGGAGCACCAAAACGAGCUGCAAGCGGCCGCCACCCUGCACGCGGCGUGUGCUCAAUCGUGAGCUCAGCGUGGCGUCCUCAACGUCCAGCUACAAACGGGCCAGCUUCAAAGGGUCUCAUGCAUCGUUCGCGAUGGACGACGAGCCAGAGCCUUCGGCGCCCCCGCUCGAGCUCAUGGAUAAAGUGGACGGCUACGAGCAGGCCUCCUUCGACGCCGUGGACGUCCCACCUCCGUACACGCCCUCGACGCCCAAAGAAGAGGAUACUCCUAAGCGAGCACCGCUACCAUGCACUCCGCAGGUGACGGAGCAAGAGGCCCGGCAAGCCUUAACCAAGCACGUGGCCAAGCACUGCUGCUACGGCAAGGCGUGCGCGCGAGACAUGGCCAUCACCAAGAUCGACCACACGUCCGCCUUCCACUACACCUUGGAGACGUUCACUGAGAAGCGGCAGACAGCCUGGUGCUUCGAACCGUACACAGGGGGUCCGGUGGACGGGCCGUCGGCGGGCCCCGCGCCGGGUCCCUGGGAGGUGCCGGUGCCCUCGCCGACUCCGUUCCAGUGCCAGACGACCUCGGUGGAAGUGCCCCACACGGCCUCGGUCAAGACUUGCCACACCUGCGGCGGCGUCGGACGGAAGCGGUGCGCCACGUGCAACGGAAACGGAUACGAGCAUUGCAGCUACUGUCAGGGCGAUGGCCAGAAGCGAAGUCUAUCGGGCGACAACGAUCGAUGUUUCCAAUGUCACGGCAUGGGUCGGAUGCGUUGUUGGAAAUGCAACGGCGACGGCGUGGCUCCGUGUCGCGCUUGUUCCGGUACCGGCCAGAUCAAGUGCUACAUCAAGCUCACCGUGGUUUGGUCGACGAAGACGGAUGACCACGUGGUCGAGCACUCCUUCGUACCGGACGACCAGAUUAAGUUUGUCUCGGGCCAGUUAGUCUUCGAAGAGCAGAACUCGAGGAUUUGGCCGAUCAACCACUUUCCCGACAUGACGGUCAACAUGGCCUCCGUGCAACUGGUGCAGAAGCACGCGGCCGCUUUCAAGUCGGAGAAGAUCCUCAUGCAGAGGCAGCGGGUGCGCGUGAUCCCGGUGUCGACGGUGUACUACGAGUGGCGCUCGCACGUGGGCACCUUCAGCGUGUUCGGCCACGAGAAGAAAGCGUACGCGCCGGACUACCCGCAAAGUUGCUGCUGCGGGUGCACCAUCCUCUGAAUGGCGCCCAGCGGACGACCGCGUUACCUGUGAACAGCUGAGCGUGUGUAUGGAGUACAUGCACGACCACGCAGCUGCGAUUAGCUAUAGGCGCAGCAGUUUUGCGCGCCUGCGGCAGAUUGAAAACAAAGGAAGGGAGUCACGUGAACGUGGACUUUCUGUUCAUGGAAGCGGCGCCGAUGCUUUGUUCUCAGGGGUUGCCCUGCUGGCCGUCGCCAGAAAGAGUUGAUAUACGAGAAUGCCAUCUCGGCUAUGAUGAAUGUGUCUGUGCGUAAGGCUAAUUCAUGACAUGUGCGGAAAAGAAAGAACCACGUUACUGCCGCCAUUUCCCAAAAGGCCGAAGCACGCCGUGAUUGAACGGAAAGGCUAGGUCACGUGAUCACAGCGACCGGCAAUAAGGUCUAGCCAAAGGAAAUGCAAUGCCCGGAUUAAUUUAAACUGACAGCCGCGUUUAACAGUUGGUCGCUUGUACCCAAACUUGUGGGCUAGCGGUUCACAGAGAGCAGUGUAUAUACUGUACCGUAUGACUUAAUAGUUGGCUUCGCAUUACGCGGUACCGUGCCGCGGCCCAUAGUCAUCACGUUGCGUACAUUUUCUUCUUUUUUCGUUAAAGAGCAAAUGCGUGAUCAACUGACAGCACAACGACGCUGUCAGAUAUGCUCGAUUAAUCGCACUUUAAACUGCCCGCCAAACAUCUCUGAAUAUUUUGUAUGUGGACCAGCCACGUCAGCGAAGUGCACACUAUGUGAUAUGGCUUAGAAUUAAUACCCUGGAAGCAGUGCGCUUCUUCGAGCUUUCUCUAAGUUUUAUUUUUAUCUAUAUGUGAUGCUACUUUUCUUUUUCUGUAUUCACUUACAGCAGUAAACCACAUUUAUCGAAGUGCGGUCAGCCGCGCUAGAGGACAUUCUUGAGGCAUCCGACGUAACGCCAUGGCUUUUUAUGUCAAAGUUCUCUUGCCCUGAUCCGAGUUCUUCGGACAUCCACUUUCUUCUUUUUUCGUGUAUAUAGUAGCGAAGACGCGCCCUGCGACUAUACAGAAACAAAUGGUUGUGGACGAUCGGUAAAAGAAGGCGUAGACACAUGCGCCUCUUUCGCAGCUUCACCUUGCUCCUCGUAGCGGCAAAUUCACUCCGCAGGUCGCAAAUACUCAGCGCUUCAUCAUCAUUCCUGCCUGGAGACAUUCUCUAGCACCGCGUCGUCGGAGGUCAUAAAACCCGCCGAACGUUUCCGCUCGCCCCUAGAUACGCGCACUCGAUAAGGGACGGUGGGUGAGGGGCGCUAACAAGCGAAUAUGGCGGCGUCGCGCCGUGCCCUCCCGCGGCUCCUCGCGCGAAUGCCUCGAGAAAUCGCAGCAGUGCGUCCUCGGGCGUCUUCCUCCUGUGUCGGGCGAGGCCGAUGGAGCGCGAAAUACUCUCCCCCAAAAAAGCGGACGCGCGCGUGAUGGCAGUCGUUUCCCGUCGAACCCGCCCUCGCGCCAUCUUCGGUCGAAAGCGAGCUAGCUAGCUGGGCAUUCGCGUCCUCCGAGAAGCAAGAAUGUUCGCGCUGGGCCGCCCUGCUCUUCGCUCGGUGCUGCGAGAUCUCACCGGCGCCUCCGCGGAUAAAUAAAAAAAUAAAAGAAUACAAAUAUUUUCGAAUCGUCGCCGCGCGGCAGCGCACGCCACGGGGAGUUCGCGCCUGUAAACGAACGAGUCUUCGUCUUUUUUUUUUUUUUUCUUUUUUCCGGCUGUCUCGUGAUGCUCGCGUGCCGCUGACUACGUAGUCCCUUUCUGCUUCCAGUGCCCCCAGCGCGGUCUGCUUGUAACUCGCUUUUCUUGCCCUGUGGACGUUUUUGCGCUUCAAGGCUGGCGUCGACCGAUCUUGGGCGCGGGGAUGGAUGGAUGUCCGACACGUGCCAAGAACGCUUGCACGCGAACAUGGCACGCCAGCGAACGGGAUUUGGGGUGGGGAGGGGGGGAGGCGAUGUCGCACGGCGUCUCUUUUUCGGUACGGCGCGGCACCGUUAGUCGCGUGCAGCGGUAUGCUGCGUGGCCCCACGUAGCACGCGGUGUGUAUCGCUAUUCAACGGUGUAGUCCGUUGCCCGACUUGGCGCCCAUCGGUGGUGUUCGCGAUAGAUUUCUUGACACCGCUAGUCGCCCCUCGCAUUGCGGUGUUGGUAAAGCCCUUAAACGUAUCGAGCAGUCGCUCUGCGAGUACGCAAGAAGCGCGUUUUGGAAAAAGGCUUAACUUCUCACAUCUGCCGGUAGACACACUUGCGUGGUUUUGGACGUGGUAGAAGUCCGAAGACGGCUUCGUGGAUGUGAGCUUACCUCUGUCGAAGCCGCGGUAUGUCGAUGCGUUGGUCGUAUGUUCUAGACCCGUAUACUGUAUCUCAGUAGUCUCCUUUUGCGCUGUGAAAGCUACAGGUAGACCCAGUCAGUGAGAUACACGGACGCUUGCUGUGUUACCGUUCUCGCCUGCGUGGUGCUUUCUCGUGGCACCUGCAGUGCCUACGUACAAAGAUGAUCAGAUUUCGAUGUUGCAUUUUCAGACUGGAUGGUACUUACGUGCUAAAAGUUGGGACCCAAGCACGUGUAUUUGAAUGCCCCGCUUGUGCUAACGUCGAGUUUUCAUGGCGACGUCUCCCAAGGCUUAAACAGGUACAAAGGCAAGCUGCGGCCACACACACACACACACAAAAAUAAGAAAGAAAAGAGUGAGAGAAAACGACAUUUUUUCUUAUAAUUUGCGAGUGAGGCGAGGCUAAGGAAAAUUUUACAAGGGGAAAUCCAUGGUGAAGUAGGUGGGAACGAUGUCGCCAGUGCAGGCCGCACCUAGUUUUUUGAAUAGUAAGGUAGGUUUAAGUUUGGGUUUGAGAUAGGUUGGUAUUUAAGGAACUAACAAGUAUACUGUAAGUUGUGUCUGUGAAGAAUUGUGCCACUCCAAGGAAUGAAACAAGGUACAAUUUUUUUUUUGUUACUCCACUUGAGACAUGAAGCAGCAGUAGGUUUUUAUAGGUUAAAAUGCGGUUUAUGCCACGCAGAAUAGUGUGCAGCUGCCCUGUUCAUGUCCUGUUAGGGCACAAUAUGUACAGAUAAAAUGCUUUGGUGAUCGAAUAAUCAAUCACGGCAUAGCUGAACACAGCCUUAGUGUACCUUGUAGGUAGCUACGACAGCGCUGAAGGGAUUUACUGUGAUGGAGUAUGGGAGAGUUGAGAAGGAAAGAGUUCAAAGGCCAGAGGGCUACCAUAUAAUGAUUCUGUACUUUUCUCAUCAAGACACCUAGUAGCCCUCGCUGGUCAAACAUAUUACAAAGAUGGACUGUUGUAUAUCUCAGUUGGCAUUUUCUGAACAGGUGUCAGAGUACACCUAAAUGGCCAUGCUGGAUGGUACAUAAAGUUCAUAACAGACAUAGGAAUAAAAGAAAAAAAAAAGCAUAAAACAAUGCAGUAAAAUGGGGCAGUUCUUAAACAAUGAUAGGAGACCUUACUCGCAACCCCAUGUACAAAAACUAUGUUAAACUCUGUUGCUGUGCGGCAUUGUUGGCUCGCAGAGUAGCAUUGCAGCUGUGAUAGCUGCAGGUAGAAAUCAUUGGCAAAACCAUAUGUUGUAUUGAUUUCUACAUUGAAUGCACCUUGGAUAGAUAAAAAGAUGGCCUGUGGAGUCACCGUGCAGCAGGACACACGUUCCUCAUCAAGCAAAAUAAUGUAUUAAUAGUAUAUUGGCCUGCUGUAAAUCUUGGAAGUACUUACGGCUUUCUUUAUACAUGCGGGUAAUUGUAUAGUUGUUUGUGAACUUUGUGCAUUGAAAUUCCAAUGUGUUUGUGUCUUGCAAGCAAACAGAGUUUCUGUGAGCCUGGUUGCUCAGUAGCUGCUUGGUUAUGGAAACACACUCAAUAUUUUGUUGCUGAGGCUUGCCUCCAAAGAUGAGCUUGUAUAAUAGAGUGGUAGAUUGUUCUAAAGAUGUUGUAAUACAUGCUGUGUGUCAAGCUCUCAUAUAAGAUGCUUGUCGUCCGGCAAUGUCUAUGAUGUGACGACGUGUCAUUGCUGUACACUGUGUGCAGCAUAGUGCACGCUGAUUAAGUGUUGUGCUUGAGACUAUACGUCUUGUUUGUGACGCCAGAGUGGAUUCAGUGUUUGAGAAAAAAAUGCAAGACAAAAAAUCUUGCAAGUCAGCAUUCUUGUUAGAAGGAAUUAAACAGUGUAUGCUGCUCUGGGCAGCACAUCUCAGAUACUCUCACCAUGAAUGUGUUUCAAACAUUGUAAGCGCGUCACCGGUGUAUGUAUGUGUGUGUGUACGUGGAAAAUCAUCUGUAAAGACAGUUGUAGGUGUACUGCUGAGGGACUGUGUUUAGUGUUGGUGGGGAACGGUUAAAAUGGUAGGAACAAUGUUAGAACGAUGCAAUCACCAACUGAACGUGUGGGGUUUCUUUCAGCUUUGGGCUGUUCUCUCAUUUUCAGCUGCUGAUAACUCAUGCUGGUCUAUCUAUUCCUUACGGGCAAUGUCACCCGUGCAUGCAUUUUUCAUGGCUGAAGGUGUGCACAUGAGGCUAGAUACAAAUUGGAAGCAAAAAGACGUAAUAUACACACCAUGCCUCACCACCAUGUCUGUCAUUCGUAUUGUUUCUGUGAAGUGAUGUGACACAAACUGCAGAACAGAAAAGCAGCUUGUUUCAGCGUGUGCACCUUGUGAGAAUCAAGGCUUGCACUGUGCAAACAACGGCCCAACGGGACCAAAUACUUGUGCUGUCCUAAAUUUGCUGUGUGUCAUUGCGACACAAAUGUAACUAAACGAGUGUUCUCAAGUUUCCUCCCCAAAAGUGCACGUCCCAGUGCAACAUGCUGGAGCGAGGUCCAAUCAGCUGACGAAUACUCAGAUGUAUUAGUCUCAUACACAGGUUGUCUGCGGUUACAACCAACUCCUAAGAGUCGUUAUUAACAUAAUCAAAGCACCGUAUUUGCAUGAAUAUAAUAAAUUUUUCUCUUUGGUGUUUUUUUGUCUAAACCUAUAGCUCGCACUAGGAACCACUAGCAAACUUUAAAAGUAUAAAGUGACAACAUUUUAAAAAGAAUUGACCUCCACCUCAAUCACUUGAGCUAUUGAAGAAAGCCAAGUUCAGACCAUUUGUGUUCUGUAAUAUCGCCUUGUCCACGUAGCACGCAACAGCAGCACCAAGGAAUACUGGCAAGUUCUUGACUUUUUAUAAUUAGGCUUCACUGCCAACAGGCUGUUAAAGAUGUAAAAAAGCCUUGGUGGAGACAGUGAAUAAAAACAGGCUGCAGCCACUUAAUUUUCCACCUGCCUGUAUUAAUGCGUUUUCUGUUCUAAGCCAUUGGCUGUGGUUACUUAAUGCAGUGUUGAGUGGUGUCAUGAUCACAAUGUUGCAUUUUUAUUUCUGAUGCAUCAACAAGUCAAACCUCAUAUUACAUUCAUGCAAAUACAAUAGCACAAGUGGCUCACUUGCCGAGUAAAGCGUUAGAGAAGUUUGCAACUCUCUCUUGUGAACCGACUCUUUAAAUAUCAGCUGCUGAAACUGCCCUCAUAACUGUUUGACAAGACAGCAGAGAGUAUAAAAAUAUAUGCACUUAUCCAUUAAAAAAGAAAGGAUGUCAAAGAAUACUCAUAAAUCAUAUGAAUUGCUGCAGCUGUUCUGGCUCAUGAAGGUAUUCAGGCUUUUAACCACCUCUAUGCUAGUGAUAUCGACCGCCAAUGGUAUGUCGGUGCAGUGAGGAGUGUAACCAAAGUAAUGUUACCAGACCUAAAUGUAUAUAUAGACUUAUAGUCAUCAGCCAAAAAGGGCAAAACUUUUAUUGAGAAAUACAACAGAUAUGCUUGAACCUGCAUGCCAUACUCAAGGGAUGUGUGUGACAAAAUCUUUUGUGGCGUUGCUCCAAACUUGGAAUUAGUGAAUGAUGUGCACUACAAUGACAUCAUUGCCGUGCGGUUAUAGUCACAAAGUUAUUGGAAGAGUUUUCAGUAAUUAUUAAAAAAUAAUUUUGCCAUAAUUUGCUGUGGCUUCUGUGCAGUUGAACUACGACUUCAACUGCGAGUGACAUUAAGUGUGAGCCGUACAGCAUAAAUGAAACAUGUCGUGGCAGCCUUUACACAUGCUGUACCUCUGGCCAGCAUCACUAACUUCUACAGACAGAACUGUGUGCACAAUGCUUUCUUUACCCAACAGCCAAUCCUUUUCCACUGCUCAAAUCACUGUGGCUGUCUUCACUGCUUUUCCUUGCUGGGGGAAUCCUUACCAUAUCAGAGGCAAGUGUGGAGCCUGAAAUUAAAACUACGAAGACAAAACCUUUCCCAUUAACUUCUACAGCAGAGUUCCAGGGCACACUGUCCUGUUGUGGCAGGAACCAUAGAUUUCCUUUAUACUUAAUACUGAAACUUCUAAGAAUGGCCAAGAAUGGCAAAGGUCGCCAAAAAUAUCUGUGUAAUUUAUGGCUGCAACUUGGUUCAACUGCUGAAUCUGCACAGCGGGUGUAAAACCUGAAUUGGAGACGGGCCAAGCCAGAAAAUCAUUGAUCAAUUUUUGGGUCUUACAACCUCCAUGCAUAACCAUGCAUGAACAUUGUCAUUGAUGUAAGGAAGGCAAUACAAAAUAUGCUUGGUGAUGUAUGUGUGUUCAUCUUGUCACCGAACCUGACCACUGCCAGAUGAGACAGCAUGACUUAGUCUGAAGGGUUAGUUAAAAUUAAGACAAGCAUAAGGCGAAAGGACCGAAUAAAUUAUUUUGGACAGACUGUCACAAGUCAUUUAAACAUCAAGCCUUGUCUUGCAAGAGGCAAAGUAGUCUUUCUGCAAAUAACCAUAAGGAAAGACGUUGCAGGAUGCCUCGACUCUGUUAGGCAUGCGGUUCCCGCCAGAUGUGCUUAGAAUCGUUCCAAUCUCAAGGAGAACAUCUCACUAGUGUUCAAGCACUGAUGGAACCUUAAAUUUGACAUGAAGGUCUGGAGAAAAUUUCUCACUUGGUUGAUUGAUAUCUGCCAGAGUCAUCAUUUGGGUCCCUUAUCUCUUUUUCUGCAAACUUGAACAAAUAUUGAAGUUGCGAUGUCUUGAAUACUAGUGGAGCAUCUCUCGCAAGAGUGGACGAAUCUGUACACCACUGCUGCUUACAAAAAGCUACACUUGGGUUUUGUGCUUGCAGUGUUAGCAUACUGCAAAUUCGCCACUCAGUCCUCUCAGCUGUACCGAUCACUUAGCAAUCUACAUGCACUCCAUACCCCAGUGUUUUAUUUAACUUUGCUUUGUUCCAGAUUCAAUGAAAGUUCUAUGUUAUCACACAGUGCAUGUGCAUUUUAUGUGUCGUUUCAAAAGCUGUUGCAAAUGUCAGUAAAGUUUAUUUAAAUCUUA